CUUGGUCACGGCCGCUGACGGCCGUCUCCGACGGUGAACCGUGGUUUCCAUUCAUAGUUCAUUCAAACCGAUUUCCAUAGCCUGAACACGUUCCUUCUCAUCGCAGUGCCGCAUCAGUCGCGCACGAUGGCAAAGAGACAAGCUACCAAGGUGCGCUACGAAUACAUGACGGUGAACGGCGUUCCGACAAAAGUUGUACAAGUGGGAAAGACUGACCUUGGCCCCAGCUGCCAGGAGCCGCUUUUGAUAUUCAUCCCAGGGAACCCAGGAAUUAUUGAAUACUACGAAGACUUUCUCACUGAAAUAUAUGACCAUUUUGACGGCAGACUUCAUGUUUGCGGACUUUCACACGCGGGGCACGACGAUGUUGUCACCAAGCGCUCUGCACCUUCACCGAAAGAGCACUGGCGGCUGUAUGGGCUGUACGGGCAAAUCAGGCAUAAAGUGGAAUUUGUCAGGAGUCAUGCGACAGGCAACCGUGCUGUAUUCCUGGCUGGCCACUCAAUCGGGGCCUACAUGGUGCUUCAGGUGCUCGAGGAGCUCAAGGAACUCAACGUGAAGCGGUCAUUCCUCCUCUUCCCGGUGAUCGAGCGGCUCUCUGAGACGCCCAAUGCCUGUUCGCUAUUGUGGGACGCUCGGCUGCUGAGGCUCCUGAGCUGGCUUGUCGUGUUGCUCCUCAUGGUGCUUCCAGAGGCGGUCAAAUCACUUCUGGUCUCUUGGUACUGCCUGAGUUUGCCGCCGGCCAUACGCCAACGUUCGGCCAAAGCCACGUUGGUGCUCUUUGAGCCAACAGUUUUUCGACUGGUGAUGGACAUGGCUCACGAAGAAAUGCAAACGCUGGUAGAGAGGGACGAUGAGUUCAUCGGAGCGCACAUGGAGCGGCUGACUUUCUACUACGGCUGCAGUGAUGGCUGGUGCCCCGUGCGCUUCUAUCGGGACAUGAAGGAGACCUUCCCGAACGGUGACAUCACUCUCUGUAGCCUCAACAUAAAGCAUGCGUUCGUGCUGGACCGUACAGCCGAGAUCGCUGCCUUCAUCUCGAACAGGAUAAAGAACAGCUUGUGAUGCCGCUUCCGAAAAGCCCACCCUUGCGAUCAUGCCUCUGCGGUGACAUUUUAUUCUUGCCAUAAUAAUUAUACGACGUGGUUUUCUGAAGGCCUGUCAUUGUUAUCAUGCCCUUUUUGCGGCGUUUUGUUUUUGUGUCAUUAAAAAGGCAAAAUGCUCAACGGCAUUAUAAACUAUAGAUUUAUUUGUGCUGUUGCAAUAAUUUUUUUUCUUCUUGAAGUCAAGUACAAAUUUCCUGCUUCUUGCCAUGUUUACGCUUGUUUCUCCAUGUUUCUCCGGACCAAACAUUUCAUCACUGCUUUGCGUUAUGCUCAGUCCAUACGUCUUCAAAUUAAUGUGGUGCUUGCAUAAGCAGUGUGACCAUUUUUAGAAACUAACAAAUGUUAUAGGUAGAUGAAAGAUUUUGUGUACGUGUAAUUUUAAUAACUCUGAGAGUGAAAAAAGGUAAUCAUCUUACGACAGUGUACUAUUGCCAUAUUCUAACAAAUGUACGACUUGACCAUCGGACCAGGGCCGACUUUCUGGGGUUUUAAGGUAUUGACGUCGAGAUGAAAUGCGCAGUUUGAUCUGUAUGUUGUGUGCAAGAACUACAGCUAAAGGCAACAAGUAUGCAAGUGACACAUUGUGGUAUGCGUGAAAAGCUGUAAAAUGUAUGAAACAGCUUAUAGGUACCUCUAAAACAGUUGCUGUAAGUUGACUUAUUCACGACACUAUCAUUGCGUGGACCUUGACUCAUUAAAUCACGUCUCUGACUUAUAUGCAAGCCUGGUGUGUAAAAAGUCCAUUUGCGGGAUAUUAGUUGAAGUCUGUACAUAGUUGGCUUUUCUCCAUAACUUGGAUGCAUGGUGAUGAUUAUACUGGUUCAUUCUUUUUAUUUUUUGUAUAUAAAAGCUUGAAAUGCACUCAUAGUGUUGUUCACAACUUAACGUAGGCCAUCCUUCUAAGUAUUCAAUAAGAGAAAAAGCAAUUAUGUGAUACUUGUGAAAAAUAUGGUGUUGCUCAAAUACCUGUUUUGUUUGUGUGGUUGUUUGUGGCCCGUGAACUGCUGUUACAAAAUUUAUCGUGUGCAACAAGAAGUUUUGUUCGCUUGUGUACUUGUGUAUAAGCAUUUUCAUUCUCUAGGCUCACAAAAACAGGCGUACUACAUUUGUUUCUGCGCAGACUUUUAGCAUUACUGGCCAGAACUAUCAUUGGCACAUGCUAGAAUUAUGCAUGUUUACAUGGUGCCAGAGGCGUGCGCAGGGUUCCCCUUUAGGGGGGGGGCAAAGGUUCAUCGCAGCGCCCCCCCCCACCCUACUAAGUCAAUGUAUGGGGCAGAUUUUGCGCCCCCCCCCCAACUUAGGUGACUGCAAGGGUCAAUGUACAGGGCAGAUUUUGCGCCCCCCUUCUUAGGUGAUUAGGGGGGGCGGCCGCCCCCCCUGCCCCCCUGUGCGCACGCCUAUGCAUGGUGCUAUGUGCCAGUAAGUUUUCACCACAGUGUGAUGGAAGUAGUCAUGCCUGGACUCUUAUGAGACAAAUGGUAAAUUUGGUGUUUUAUUUGUAACGACUUGCUGGAUACCUGUUGCCAUUGACCCUUAAGUACAGCACACUGUACCUUUCUUCUACCUGCAAUCCAUGUAGCAAUGUUAUUGAUUCACUGUGAUAUCAACAUCUAUUGUUUAUGCAUUGUCUAGUCUGCCAGAAAUAGUAUUACCAUUAGCCAGUCUUAUACCUUUUUCUGUUUGCUGUAAUGCUGAGAAUAUACCAGUAUUUUAAUGCUUGAGUUCUGUGUGGUACUCUAAGUUUUGUUUUUGUUGUCUAAAAAUUGUAGAAGUUGUGUGCUGUUGCGUGCCUAGUCUCCGUGUUUACUAUGUUUCAAUUGUUGACAAUACACUGUUUUUAAAACUUA